UUUUGUUUUCCCGCGCUUUUGUUUUUUUUUAUAGUUGACAGCGGUGUUGUUCUUUUCAGCCAGCACAUGAAAGAUGAAUGAACUGGAUUUGAUCAAGGAGGUCGAGAAACGGCCGAUUUUGUACGACAAAUCGGUCAGUGGCUUCAAUAAAACAAAACUCAGGGAUGAUGCCUGGAAAGAAGUCCAAGAGGCACUCAAUGUGUCAGCUGAAGCAGAGUGUAAGAAGCGCUGGCGAUCCCUCCGCGACUCAUUCAUCAAACUGCAGAGGACUCACGGAGGCAGGACUCGGUGGCCGUACCAUCAGGCCAUGAGGUUCCUUCUCCCGCACUUGGACCCCGCCCACAGCAGCUCAUCCAAAAAAGAGGAAGACUCAGACACAGAAGAAGAGCGCCGCCCUCAACAGUCUCUCCCCGACCUCUCCUUCCAAGACAAGUUCGAGUAUGAGGAUGAGCAGCCAGCCCCCAAGAAGGCCCGGCUCAACUCCUCGGAGGAAGAGCCACAGAGAACUGACCCAGACGAACUAUUCCUCUUCAGCUGCGCGCCUAUUUUAAAGAGAUUAAACUCGAAACAGAACGCGGCAGCGCGCUUGAAGAUCUUACAAGUUCUGUAUGAGGCCGAAUUCGGGUGUCAAGUUGAAAUGCCGUACGUCACGACAACUGAAAAUGGGUUGGGGAUUAUCGAUGGUGUUGAAUAAUUUAUUAGGUUU